AUGGCAUCUAUAUCAUCUUCUGGCACUGAUUUAAUCAGCAUUACAGUUCAAAUAUCUUCGAAGGGAAGUGAUGCGACAGUAGAUUUAAACAAUAUUCCGUCAUCGAUGACAAUUGGUGAGUUAAAAACAAAAUUGAAUGUACGACCAAACUCACGCUUUGGACGUUUAAAUCAGUUUGAAAAUUGGGAUAAUCAACGUCCACUGUCUGACUAUUUUGUCAAGAAUGGUGAAUCAUUCGAUUGUGUCAUACAAUCUGUCAUAGAAGAUGAACAGCGGUCUUCCGAUGAUUAUGAUGAAUGGUUAUUAGCUAACCAACGAUCAGUAUUAAAUAAAAUAAAUGAUGGUUCAAUUGAAGAUGAUAAAUUAAACAAAAUGGAAAAAAUUGUUGUAAAUGAAACGUUAAAUAAUACAGUUAUUGAUGGUUUCGAAGUUUAUGAUCAAGAUAAUAAUCGACCAGUUUCAUCGAAAGUUCAACGUCAUCAAAUUCCUAUUUUAUUUAUAAUUAAGAAUUUUUUACGAACCUAA